CACCUUGGCCGGCCAUGCUCCGGGCCGUCGCCGCCCGCCAGCUCCGGGGGCAGCGGGGGGCAGCCCUGCCGGGACUCUCCAGGGGCCACAGUCACCGCCCCCACAGCAACAGCUGCAGCAGCCUCCAGCGAAACGAAAACCCAUUUUCCAUUUCCGAAACAAAAUGGAAAGAUGCAGCAGAGACAGUAAUAAUUGGAGGGGGGUGUGUGGGUGUGAGUCUCGCUUACCACCUGGCCAAAGCUGGCAUGAAGGAUGUGGUCCUGCUGGAGAAAUCCGAACUCACCGCUGGAUCGACGUGGCAUGCAGCAGGUUUAACCACUUACUUUCAUCCUGGAAUCAAUCUGAAGAAAAUACAUUACUACAGCAUUAAACUGUAUGAAAAAUUAGAAGAAGAAACAGGGCAGGUGGUGGGAUUCCAUCAGCCGGGCAGUAUCAGAAUUGCUACUACCCCUACUCGAGUGGAUGAAUUUAAAUACCAAAUGACUCGUGCUCGCUGGCACCCGACCGAACAGUAUCUUAUUGAGCCGGAAAAAGUGCAGGAGAUGUUUCCUUUAUUGAAUAUGGAGAAGGUCCUUGCUGGACUGUACAAUCCAGGAGAUGGCCACAUUGACCCUUAUUCUCUUACGAUGGCCCUGGCUGCUGGGGCGAGGAGAUACGGUGCUUUAUUAAAAUUUCCUGCUCCUGUGGCCGGUCUCCAACCCAGGUCUGAUGGCACCUGGGAAGUCGAAACGCCCCAAGGAACAAUCCGAGCAAAAAGAGUUGUGAACGCCUCCGGAUUCUGGGCUAGAGAAGUUGGCCAAAUGAUUGGGCUGCAGCAUCCUCUCAUUCCGGUCCACCACCAGUACGUCGUCACGUCCACCGUACCUGAAGUGAAAGCUUUGAAAAGAGAACUCCCCGUUUUGAGGGACCUCGAAGGGUCCUACUACCUCCGCCAGGAAAGAGACGGGCUUCUCUUCGGUCCGUAUGAAAGUCAGGAGAAGAUGAAACUCCAGAGCUCCUGGGUAACUGAUGGAGUCCCACCUGGUUUUGGAAAGGAACUUUUCGAGUCUGAUUUGGACAGAAUCAUGGAACACGUUGAAGCGGCCAUGGAGAUGGUGCCAGUCCUGAAAAAGGCAGACAUCAUCAAUAUCGUUUCUGGUCCUAUCACCUAUUCUCCAGACAUUCUUCCGAUGGUAGGACCCCAUCAGGGAGUCAGAAAUUACUGGGUGGCUAUCGGUUUUGGCUAUGGCAUCAUCCAUGCUGGAGGUGUCGGAAAGUACCUCAGCGACUGGAUCCUUGAUGGGGAACCUCCUUUUGACCUGAUAGAAUUGGAUCCCAACCGGUACGGGAAAUGGACCACCCCACAGUACACAGAAGUUAAAGCCAGGGAGUCUUAUGGAUUCAACAACAUCGUUGGCUACCCUAAAGAAGAAAGAUUUGCUGGGAGACCUACUGAGAGAGUCAGCGGGAUUUACGAUGUUCUCAAGUCUAAGUGUUCAAUGGGUUUCCAUGCUGGAUGGGAGCAACCUCAUUGGUUUUACCAACCCGGACACGAGGCCGGAUACAAGCCAAGUUUUCGACGCACCAACUGGUUUGAACCUGUGGGCUCCGAGUAUAAACAGGUUAUGCAAAAAGUCGGGCUAAUUGACCUCUCACCUUUCGGCAAGUUUAACGUCCAAGGCAAAGAGUCGAUGAAACUGUUGGAUCGCCUUUUUGCAAAUGUCAUCCCCAAGGUUGGCUUUACAAACAUAAGUCACAUGUUAACACCCAGAGGCCGAGUGUACGCUGAGCUCACUGUCUGUCAGAAGUCCCCAGGGGAGUUUUUACUGAUAACCGGCUCUGGCUCAGAGCUCCAUGAUCUGAGAUGGAUAGAGGAAGAGGCAGCCAGUGGAGGAUUCGACGUUGAGAUCAGAAACGUCACAGACGAGCUGGGAGUUCUUGGGGUAGCAGGACCACGUGCGAGGAAGGUACUGCAGAAACUGAGUUCCGAAGAUCUGAGCGAUGCUGCAUUUAAGUUCCUUCAAGCCAAACCCUUGAAGAUUUCCAGUAUUCCCGUGACCGCUAUUCGGAUAUCCUAUACAGGUGAGCUUGGCUGGGAACUGUAUCACCGGCGAGAAGACUCUGCCGUCCUUUACGAUGCCAUUAUGAGAGCGGGCCAGGAGGAGGAAAUUGACAAUUUUGGAACUUAUGCCAUGAACGUCUUAAGGCUGGAAAAGGCCUUCAGAGCCUGGGGAUCAGAGAUGAACUGUGAUACCAAUCCUUUGGAGGCUGGACUAGAUCAUUUUAUAAAGUUAAAUAAGCCGGCAGACUUCAUAGGAAAGCAGGCACUGAAACAGAUUAAAGAAAAGGGACUGAAACGCCGACUGGUCUGCCUCACCUUGGAAACAGAUAAUGUGGAUCCAGAGGGAAAUGAGAGCGUCUGGCAUGAUGGCAAGGUUGUAGGUAACACGACAUCUGGGACUUACAGUUAUAGUGUCCAGAAGAGUCUGGCUUUUGCCUACGUCCCCGUGGAACUCAGUAAAGUGGGACAAAAGGUGGAAGUUGAGCUCCUAGGCAAAAAUUAUCCAGCAGUCAUCAUACGGGAACCAUUAGUGCUAACGGAGCCAACCAGGAACCGCCUUCAGAAGAAGGGCCAAAAUGGCAUGUGAAAAAAUAAGGGCCUUCAAAUAAGCAGCCACUGCUGUAGCUCUGUUCUAAUCACACAAAGCAAAUCAAAUCAGACCACUGUAGAAAUAGUUCUCUUUAGGAAUAUAUUUUGCAGUGGACUGAAGUGGAUUGUUGAACUGAAUUCAAAAAAAAAAAACCUAAUCUGAAUGUCCUAUUGACCCCCCUUCUCUGUGUUAUAAGAACAGAAGGAUUUUCCUUGGGGAGAUUGAGAGUUUCCAAACCAAGCAAUCCAAGGUGAAAGAUUCUCUCUGAACAGCAAACUUCCAUGGUUUCUCUUCUCUGCAGAUUAUCUGGGCGCAUUUUUCAGAAAAUGAUUUUUCAAA